UCACCGUAGUCUUGACAUUCUCGCGUGGGCCAUUGCUGCCCGUGGCUCGACAAAAGGAACAAGGCAGCACGGGACGUCUGAGGACCACCUUCCUGAGCCAAGGAAGUCGGUACCGCUGGUGUGCGCAUGCUACACUGCCAUCGCAAGAACGGAUGAACAAACGUACCUAUCCCCACCGAGCUGGGAGAAGGAAGGCAGAUUCCAACUCAAGCAUGGAACAUAACCUGUUUAAUCUAGCCUACCCUGAGCCCUUGAGCACCCUGCCGGCUUGGGUGUCGCCAACCCCAUCGAUAAAUCCUAGGACACCAGACGACCCCUUAAGCUUCAAUAAUCAAAGUGUUGAACAUGGACUUAUGUGGAGUGAUAGGUAUUACGGUCCCAGUUCAGAUGGCUGGCGGGAUCUAUGGAAAACUACACAACAGGGUCAACAAAAUCUACAACAUCAGUCUAUAGGCUUCGGUGCGCACAACCCGUUCGCAUCAUUCUCAAGGUCAGACAGUGUCCCGGUUUUGGGAAAUCGGUCUAAUUUGGACAAUGGAGCCCGUAACCAGCCUUUGCAUGCACCGGAGGUUGAGGAUACGUCGGCAUCGUUCCCUGUAACUGGUGGGUUCUUUUCGUGGAACACAGACCGUCCUAUGACCUCGAAGGUUACACAACCGGCCGGGCUCUCUCCUAGUGUUCCAAUGAAACUUGUUCAGGGAGGGGACUCUUUUCCCGACCGGCAAGGUGGCUCGGUUCCGGCUGAGAAUGUUAUGUCCAACAAGUUGUAUAGUGCAUAUCGUACAUCGGAUAUCGGUCCAAGAGAGGCAAAAAAGAGACCAGCAGAAGGAUUCGCGAUCCCAACGCAGGAGAAACACCAUGAUACAAUCCAAACGCAGCGAUCACCUUCGCCAGACACUUCUGCCAAAUCCAAGUCCUCGGUAACUUGCCAACUUUGUAGGAAGGUAUUAAAAGGUCAACACGCGAAUGGGAAUAUGAAACGGCAUCAGAAUUCUGACGCAUGCGGACGCUUGAAGGAGAGGAAGAAAUACCCAUGUAAAAUGUGUGACAAGGUUUACAACAGGUCCGACGGAUUGCUGAACCACAGACGAAAUAAGCAUAGUGCACCGGCCGCAUCAAACGUAGAGCCUUUCCGGGGGCCGAAGAGACUCCGUCCCCAUCGCCUAGUAUUGGAGGGAAGCCAAGUGUAACGAAAGGUAUUCGACCAUAGCUGUGAUAAUGGGCUAAAAUUACUAAGGCCAGGGCCCGAUCCUUCCUCUGAGAACUUUUCGUUCCCUUCC